AUGGACCAUAACAAUUCACUACGUACAUACGAUCAAGCCUUUUUGUUUGCCAUGGGCGAAACAGAUCGUACAAGUAAAUCAAAAAAACGGGCCUUGAUGUUUGCAGAUUUCUACGAUGUUGUACCUGUUGCAGUGACCGAUGAAGAUGGUAAUGAAGUAGACGUGAUCUUAUCCCCAAGCCACGUCGAAAAGUUCCAGACCAUGCUUGCCAAACCAACCCCACUCACUGUAAGUCGUCCUGUCCAAGAAGCAUCUCCCCAAGCCAUGUUCCCAACUCGCGACACAGUCAACAGCAUUGGUGAAUUUGGAGCAUAUUCCGGCUACUUGACGAAACGCCACUACACUGAACUAAGUAAGGAAAUGAUCGAAAUUCUUAACCAAGACUGGGAGAUCAAGCCAAGCCAACGGUUCAUCGUAGCAAGAGCACUCAUUGGAUCAGUUAUCAUUGAUUCUGAAAAUAAUCGUGGUCUCCUUAUCUUAGCUUUGGAAGUUUAUGGUCGUGAUCCUGAUAUUGACAGCCAUGCAGAACAACGCAGCUCCACUGGUUCCACUAGGCAAUCGACAUCUGUACCGUCUGUAGGCCACAAUGAUUUCGAGAUCAUCACCAUGCGCCAAACCGAAGGCAACAACAUAUCGAUCAAGCUUAUACUGGGUACCCACUCGUUCAACGCCCUUGUCACUGCCAGUACACGGAUCGACAACUUGGUAGAUCAACCUGAAUGCGGUCCAAAUACUGUCAAUUUCGGUGUGCCUCCCAACUCCCACACAAAGUACAAGUUGCAUGUUGACUCGGAAUCAUGGUCUGACUCUGUGGCGCUGGAAAAAAAGACUAAUUUGCAGUCUAUCUAUACUCAUUCCCGGCUUAUGCAACUUCGCCAGCUCCGAACUCGCUUUGACAAACUUGACACGUACUCUGCUUCCCGAUCCGCAUUGUUCCAUGGUUAUCUGCAGCAACCAAUGACUGUUUUUACAUAUGGCAAGAAUACGACGUCCAUCAAUUCAGGCACAUUAUCAUCAAGGUUCUUAGCUAUGCUAGCUACGUCUGUAAUGAGGGAUGGUCAGAAUGCUUAUCUUGGAAAGACCAAUGUCGAAAACUUGAUUACGGAAUUUAAUAAGGAAACCAAGGCCAAACGUGUUAUUCAACAAGUACUGCAACUAUUUGGAGACAAUGAUACUAUCCCUAUCAUUGGAAAUACCGACUUGAAUUAUAUUGCUGAGGAAUUAGCCAACUUGUUGGCAUCUUAUUUAUCAAACACAAACAAAAAAAGUGUUAUUCCUUCCCUAUCCGACCACUUAAAAUCCUAUUGAUUUUAAUAACAUACUAAUUUUAAUAAAUUUAUACCUAUUGUCUCGCUCUUCCUCUA